GUAGCGCAUAUAGGAUUUUGUCGCGCAUGUAGUUCCGUCGUUCGCAGGCAAGGUUUAUUAAUUGUAUUAAAUUGGUAUUAAUCCUGCCCACAUUCCAAUUGACCGGGGACAAUACUUUCACCGCUCCAACGUCGAACAAACCGAGGUCGAAAAGCAAUCCUCCACAGUUCGCAAUGCCAAUCUUUGUAAUCACAGGAGCAAAUCGUGGGCUUGGCCUCGAAUUCUUUCGCCAACUCAGCACCGACUCCUCCAACACCAUUCUGGCAGCAACACGAUCUCUAUCAGGAGAUCUCGGCUCUCUAGAAUCUCUCAAAUCCAAUGGCGCAACUCUCCAUAUCAUCGAAUGCGAUACAGGAUCACAAGACUCUAUCGCGGCCUUCAGCAAGCAAGUGACUUCCAUCCUCGGAGGACCAGAGAAGAAAAUCGACUUCCUGCUCAACAAUGCAGGCAUCAAUGCUACCCAUUGGCAAACGAGCUUAACCUUGACGGCAGAAUCUCUAUCCAACCACAUGAACGUCAAUGUCAUGGGUCCCGCCAAAACGGUGCAAGUUCUCGAGAGCCAUUUGCAAAAAGGAAGCGUGGUCAUGAAUAUGACAUCCGGGCUCGGCUCACUGGCAUACAUUCGGACUAAGGAUCUAGCAGAGUCUGCCGCGUAUUCGAUCUCGAAGGCGGCGCUUAACAUGUUGACUAUCCAUCAAGCAAAUAAUCUGAAGGGCCAAGGUGUGGUUGUUGUGUGUGUUGACCCGGGGUGGGUGAAGACUGAUAUGGGAGGCACUGGGGCAGUGUUGGAAAAGGAAGAGAGUAUUGGGGGAAUGCUGAAGUGUUUGAGAGGCUUAAAAAGUACGGAUUCAGGGAGAUUUUUUGUUUAUGAUGGGUCGGAGAAAGGAUGGUGAGAGGGAAACAGUUAGGCAAUAGUAUUGGGUCAAAUCAGGGAAGAGAUGCCUCUUGUUUUCAUUAACACAUUAAUACUUUAGUUUCCUCACAGGUUGAUUUCCUUCAGAAUUCCUAUUAGAACCAUUCCAAUGACCGUCAGCUUUGGAAAUUAUCCUAUUUUAAU